AUGAAAGAAGGUACACGGGAUGGCUUAACAAAUUCACCACCGCACCCGCGCAUAGAUAACUCGACGAACGAUCGAAACCCGGAGAUCAAUCAGUGGUGGUCGACAAUGGACAAUUUGAGCGACGUUUACUAUCUGGUGCAACUAAUGUUCCGCCAAAUAUUCGUCUACUUACGGGAUUUGAUCCUGUACAAAUUCUUCUGGUUGGCCGCAACGAGCGACGAUUUCGAUUCCUCCGAUUCCACACUGCGCGGCCUCACCUCUAGAAACCUCACCGCCGAUGUCUUAGCCUUCUCCGUCAUCUGUGCGGUCCUUUUUCUUCUCGUGAUGCUCUCGUCGAAAUGCGAGAGAGACGAAGGCCGACCUUACGUAUCCACCGGGAUCGAAACAGUGUCCGUGAACUUCGAAGAGAACCUAUGUCGCCCGCUGCACAUUAGUUCGAACGCGACGGACUGUCUGGACGCUUGCGGGGACACGAUCUUCCCUCGGAGAAGAAUUCUGGAAAGGAAUCUGUCGCACGAGAGCUUCUCCCGAGUUCGGUCCAGCAAUAGGAAAAGGAACAGGUGUAUCCUUAAGAGAUCUAUCUUCGGAUUGACUGGCGCUCAGUUGCACAGCUCUCAGAGCACACAAACGGAGAAGCUGCUCCCUAAAAUAUGUCAGAAGUGGUUGGUGAGGCGGACGAGAAGCGGCCUGGUCUAUGGGAAAUACCCUGUCUAACGGAAAACAAUCAUUUCAUUCAUUUCUCACGAAUUUAGGCUAAUUAGUUGUUUAAGAAACGCAAAGGGUCUAGGGAGAUCCUAAAAAAUUGAUAGGAAGACUGUUAACGGUGGUGUUUAACCGUUGUCUAUCGUUUUGAAGAAUUAAUAGCGAGCGAACGUUAUCGGUCGCUCAAUUCUACGUUGCGUUGCAUUCGCGUCGUUUCAAAGCUAUCCGAUCGUUUCCUAAUUUAUUAUUCAUAUACAAUCGAUUCGAAUAUGUUUAUAAUCACAUUUUAGAUCCAUUUACUCUUUUUCUAUCGUUUUUAUUCGAGUCGGCACUCUCGUCAAGAGUAGUUUGUAUCACGUGUUUUAUUUGAUAUUGAUCGUUC